ACUGCCAGCCGAGAUCAGAGGCUCUGAGGCUGAAGCAGAAGGAAGGAAAGACGGGAAGGAAAAGAGACAGGUUAGAGGGAAAGAGGCUUGGGAAGGAAACAGCAGAAAAGAAACUGCUCGUUACAAUUACAGAGGGACAAGUAACGGUGGAGAUAAGGACGGAGGGAGACAAGCCGAUGAAAGACAAAUAUACAAACAGAGAGAAAGAGGAAAAAAAUGUCAAGAAGAACAUCCGUCCGGAAAAAUGAAGAGAAUGAAAGUUUUAUGCUACAGAGCCGUUCUGUGCUUUUCCAGCACAAAAUUCUCUUGCUGUUUUUAAGCCCUUUUGCAUUUGCCAGCCGUUGAUAUUAAGAGGCAUGUUUAGCAGUGCCAGGAGCAUCUCCUCUUCCUUCUCCUCUUCCUCUUCAUCUUCCUCCUCCUCCUUUUCCUCCUCCUCAUUCUCCUCCCAUCAGCAAGAAGACAAACCGAGGACAGUCUUGAAAUAUCGAAAUUUUCUCUUUGGGAUUUGCCAGCGCCGCGUUGCGCCAACACUGUCGGAAUAAAGGACGCUGACUAUUGUAUUAUCAUUAUUUUAUUAAUUGGUCAGAUUACAGAUGAGGAAAGGGGACGCCUGUCACCUUUCCUGCGCUAAGAUUUAAAGAUGAGGCUGGAUUGAGGGAAGCUCUGAUAUGAAGCAAAAGGAAUAAGAUUUUUAAAGACAAAAAGCUCCAGGAGCCCCCCCCCCCCACGUAGCGCACUUUUAUUUGUAUUUUUUCGAGAUUUUUUUUUCCGUGGUGGUGGGGGAGGUGAUCGGGUGGCUGACUGGUUGCGGGAAGCUACUUCCUUUCCUUUUUGGAGAUGAUUGUGCUAUUAUUCUUUGCCUUGCUCUGGAUGGUGGAAGGAGUCUUUUCCCAGCUUCACUACACGGUCCAGGAGGAGCAGGAACAUGGCACUUUCGUGGGAAAUAUCGCUGAAGAUCUGGGCUUGGACAUUACAAAACUUUCAGCUCGCAGAUUUCAAACGGUGCCCAACUCAAGGACCCCUUACUUAGACCUCAACCUGGAGACCGGGGUGCUGUACGUGAAUGAGAAGAUCGACCGUGAGCAAAUCUGCAAACAGAGCCCCUCUUGUGUCCUGCACCUGGAGGUCUUCCUGGAGAACCCCCUGGAACUGUUCCGGGUAGAGAUCGAGGUGCUGGACAUUAAUGACAAUCCCCCCUCUUUCCCGGAGCCGGACCUGACCGUGGAAAUCUCUGAGAGCGCCACACCAGGCACCCGCUUUCCCUUGGAGAGUGCAUUCGACCCAGACGUGGGCACCAACUCCUUGCGCGACUACGAGAUCACCCCCAACAGCUACUUCUCCCUGGACGUGCAGACCCAGGGGGAUGGCAACCGGUUUGCCGAGCUGGUGCUGGAGAAGCCGCUGGACCGAGAGCAGCAAGCGGUGCACCGCUACGUGCUGACCGCGGUGGACGGGGGAGGAGGGGGAGGAGGAGGAGGAGAAGGAGGGGGUGGUGGCGGGGGAGCGGGCCUGCCCCCCCAGCAGCAGCGCACCGGCACGGCUCUACUCACCAUCCGAGUGCUGGACUCCAACGACAACGUCCCCGCUUUCGACCAACCCGUCUACACUGUGUCCCUACCAGAGAACUCGCCCCCAGGCACGCUCGUAAUCCAGCUGAACGCCACGGAUCCGGACGAGGGCCAGAACGGUGAGGUGGUGUACUCUUUCAGCAGCCACAUUUCUCCCCGGGCACGGGAGCUCUUUGGACUCUCCCCGCGCACUGGCCGGCUGGAGGUGAGCGGCGAACUGGACUAUGAAGAGAGCCCAGUAUACCAAGUAUAUGUACAAGCCAAGGACCUGGGCCCCAACGCCGUGCCUGCGCACUGCAAGGUGCUGGUGCGAGUGCUGGAUGCUAACGACAAUGCGCCCGAGAUCAGCUUCAGCACUGUGAAGGAGGCGGUGAGCGAGGGCGCGGCGCCGGGCACAGUAGUGGCCCUGUUCAGCGUGACUGACCGCGACUCCGAGGAGAAUGGGCAAGUGCAAUGCGAGCUGCUGGGGGACGUGCCGUUCCGCCUCAAGUCUUCCUUUAAGAAUUACUAUACAAUUGUGACCGAAGCUCCCCUGGACCGAGAGGCGGGGGACUCCUACACCCUGACUGUGGUGGCCCGGGACCGGGGUGAGCCAGCGCUCUCCACCAGUAAGUCGAUCCAGGUACAAGUGUCUGAUGUGAACGACAACGCGCCACGCUUCAGCCAGCCGGUCUACGACGUGUAUGUGACUGAAAACAACGUACCGGGCGCCUACAUCUAUGCGGUGAGCGCCACUGACCGCGACGAGGGCGCCAACGCCCAGCUUGCCUACUCUAUCCUUGAGUGUCAGAUUCAGGGUAUGAGCGUCUUCACCUACGUGUCCAUCAACUCUGAGAACGGCUACUUGUACGCCCUGCGCUCCUUCGACUAUGAGCAGCUUAAGGACUUCAGCUUUCAGGUGGAAGCCCGGGACGCCGGCAGCCCCCAGGCACUGGCGGGUAACGCCACUGUCAACAUUCUCAUAGUGGAUCAAAACGACAACGCCCCCGCCAUCGUGGCGCCCCUACCGGGGCGCAACGGGACACCUGCGCGCGAGGUGCUGCCCCGCUCGGCAGAGCCAGGUUACCUACUCACCCGCGUAGCCGCGGUGGACGCGGACGACGGUGAGAACGCCAGGCUUACCUAUAGCAUUGUUCGGGGCAAUGAAAUGAACCUCUUUCGCAUGGACUGGCGCACCGGGGAGCUCCGCACGGCGCGCCGAGUUCCGGCCAAGCGCGACCCCCAGCGGCCUUAUGAGCUUGUAAUAGAGGUGCGCGACCAUGGGCAGCCGCCCCUGUCCUCCACCGCCACCCUGGUGGUUCAGCUCGUGGACGGAGCCGUGGAGCCCCAGGGCGGGGGCGGGGGCGGAGGGGGUGGGUCAGGGGAGCAUCAGCGCCCCAGCCGCUCCGGCGGCGGGGAAACCUCUCUAGACCUCACCCUCAUCCUGAUCAUCGCACUGGGUUCGGUGUCCUUCAUCUUCCUGCUGGCCAUGAUCGUGCUGGCGGUCCGUUGCCAAAAAGAGAAAAAGCUCAACAUCUACACGUGUCUGGCCAGCGACUGCUGCCUCUGUUGCUGCUGCUGCGGCAGCGGCGCUUCGACCUGCUGUGGUCGCCAAGCCCGGGCGCGCAAAAAGAAACUCAGCAAGUCGGACAUCAUGCUGGUGCAGAGCUCCAACGUGCCCAGUAACCCGGCGCAGGUGCCUGUAGAGGAGUCCGGAGGCUUUGGCUCCCACCACCACAACCAGAAUUACUGCUACCAGGUCUGCCUGACCCCGGAGUCCGCCAAGACCGAUCUGAUGUUCCUUAAGCCCUGCAGCCCUUCGCGGAGUACGGACACUGAGCACAACCCCUGCGGGGCCAUCGUCACCGGUUACACAGACCAGCAGCCCGACAUCAUCUCCAACGGAAGCAUUUUGUCCAACGAGACUAAACACCAGCGAGCAGAGCUCAGCUAUCUAGUUGACAGACCUCGCCGAGUUAACAGUUCUGCAUUCCAGGAAGCUGACAUAGUAAGCUCUAAGGACAGUGGUCAUGGGGACAGUGAACAGGGAGACAGUGAUCAUGAUGCCACCAACCGUGCCCAGUCAGCUGGGAUGGAUCUCUUCUCCAACUGCACCGAGGAGUGCAAAGCCUUGGGCCACUCAGACCGGUGCUGGAUGCCUUCUUUUGUCCCUUCUGAUGGACGCCAGGCUGCUGAUUAUCGCAGCAAUCUGCACGUUCCCGGCAUGGACUCUGUUCCAGACACAGAAGUGUUUGAAACUCCAGAAGCUCAGCCCGGGGCAGAGCGUUCCUUCUCCACCUUUGGCAAAGAGAAGGCUCUUCACAGCACUCUGGAGAGGAAGGAGCUGGACGGACUGCUGUCUAAUACGCGAGCGCCUUACAAACCCCCAUAUCUGAAGAAAUUGUGGAGGCAGCUACGUGGGGAGACCCAUGCAGCACAGGUGGAGGCCUGUCAACAACCACAUGAGUGAGCUUGGAAGUGGACUUUCAAGACGAACCUUCAGAUGAGACUGCUGCCCCUGCCAACUGCUGGACUACAACCUCAUGAGAGACCUCGCCAGAGGCCCCAGCUAAGCUGCACUAAAAUUUCUGAACCACACUGAUUGUGAGAUAAUAAAUGUUUGUAGUUUUAAGCUGCUGUGACUUGAGGUAUAUUGCUACAUAGCGAUAAAUAACUAAUAUUGAUAAAAUAUGUAGGUGAGAAUUCUAUUGUCUGUUACAGUAAUAUGAAGUAUAUUGAUUUUUUUUUAGUAUGAUGUGGACACUUUUAAAAAUGGUAUGUGUAAUAUACAUGCUUUGCUUCUUUAUGCUUUACUUUCCUCUUCAAAUUUCACUUCUCUUUUGCUCUUCUCUUUAUUUCAUAAAAAAUAAUUCUCCAUCAUUUUCCGGAUUCAUCUAUUGGCUUCCCUUGCCCCCUCCAAAAGAAAAACCCUGCGCUCAUCAGAUGAAAAAUGUAUUAACUUUAGUGAAUUUUUGUUGUGGGAAUUACUUCUAAUUUUCUUCUUUGAAAGAGUUUGCUUUUCCAUCCAGCCCUCUGUAGGACAUAUAGCCUUUUAUAUGCAGAUUGGUAUAAUUAUGCUUUGAAAUAGCUAGAAUUCCCUGUAGCUUAAACUGAGAACAUGAAAGGCCAAACGUUAUGUUGAACUGAAGGAUAUAAAAGUGCACGUACAUCAAUCCAAAAUGAAGCAUAGAAAUGAACAGCUCUUUACAGAGGGAUGUCAGUUUUUGACAGAUUAUUGAAGGAUCUUUAUAACUGCAGAGAUUGCCCUGGGUAGCAUGAAACACUGCCUACAGAGAGCCUUAUCAGUUUGUAUUUUUUAUUCCUUCAAUACCAAAAGGUGAGAAGAUGUUAAGUGAAACAAGAGAAAUAUUCUCUGACAAAAGCUUUAACUCUCUUCCCCAAAGACGAUACCUGGUCCCAAAUGGUAAAACACAUGUGAUGAUGGGACCAUCCACGAAAUCUGUCAGGCUAGACAUGCAGCCUAGAUGAGGAGCUUACAUUUUAGGAAGUCUACAGAAAACCUACAUGGCAAUCUUCACUUCCAUAUGGAUCCCAGUGACAGAUGAGGGCCUCUUCUGCGAGAGGAAUUUAUUGUGCCAAUGACAAACACAUCAAGAAUAUUUAAAGCACCCAUAUUCUUUCUUAUCACCAGCAGAAAGAUAAAGGGAACAUAAUAGGUUUUUGUAUGUACGUGAAAUCAAUACAAUGUUUAUUGAAAUACAGAUUCUAAAGAACCUAACUUUAUGUUGAAAGAGUAUGUGCUGUUGUUUUAAUAUACCACAAUUAUCCUGACUGCUUUGCUUUAAGUAAAAUAUAUCUUGGAAUUGUUCCAUUGCAUUCACUAUGUAUAGAGAAUCUAUUCUGCUUAAAAGACAUACCCUCUCCUGAAAUUAUAGUCCAAACAAAAGCAAGGAAUGCCCACUUCAUCUGAGUUUGUUAGUAAAGAGAAAUACAGGUGUAUGUCUUAAAAUUUAAGACAAAAAUUCCCUAAAUUCUGGUGUUUCUAGAAUGUACAGUUAUUAAGUACAAUUGAUGUCAGUACAAGAGGAAGAUCAACAUUUUUUAAUAAGCUAUACACUAUGAAACUAAUGUUUUUUCAAACAAAAUUGUGUAGAUCAGUGUAGGAUAGUCUUGUUAGGAAAUUUCUACCAUAUUUGGCACUUUGCAAAGCUUACUUUUUAUUAAUCUUCAAAGUAUAUAUGGAAGGAAAUGAUGAUAACUCAAGCAGUAACUUAGAAAAAUAUUUUAAUUGUUAAUUGACUCUGACAUUGCAUUUUUCUUAGAAAUUCCAGUCUGCUAAAAUGUUUUUAAAAAAUAAUUGACAUAAUUUCAAAAAAAUUCAAAGAUUUCAAACAUAUAACUUAAUAUAUGAGGUUAGUACUACUUCACUGAUACUUUAGACGAUAUAUAGCCAAUGUAUAAUGUAUGACGUGGUUACUCAAUUUUUAUUCCAAAUGGGAUUCUCCUCUACUUAAAAUUAUUUACUAUUUAAAAAUCAUGUAACCAAGGUAAGGUUUUGACAGUUAGUUCAGAAACUCAGCCCUUGUAUGUAAAUUAAGGUCAUGAAUUGAAUUUUAAUUGGAAUAAUAUUAAACAAAACAAUCUCUAUUUUAUAAAUGAAAUCUUUUGUGAUCUGGGGGCACUCAUCCAUAAAUUCCUCUGGAGUUCUGGGUAGAAAUAAACAAGUAAAAUAAACAACAACAAAACCCUGCAACACUCUUAGUGACCUCUUGAAAUGGUUCCAGUUACUAGCGAUGGGAAAUCGUAGCUUCCAGGGUAUACUGGCAGGCCAUAUAAGUCAUCUUUUCUCAACGAAGGUAACAAAAAUCUCUGCCAUGAGUUUUUGUACAACUUUAAACUGAGUCACGAAAGAAUAAGCAUAUAGGACUCAUUUUAUAGUCAAAACUAAGAUAGUUCUAAAGUUAGUCAUCACAUUAUACUCCAUAAAUGUACAGUGUUAGGGUUUUAAUUAAAAAUUAAUAAAAAUAAUAAAGUGAAAUUAUAGUGAAAACUCAUAUUUUUGAGUGUUCCAUAUGUGACAAUUAGUGUCCUCAUCAUCACAACACUCACAUGACAACAAUAGUAUUUUUAACCCACUUACAGAUGAAAUAACUAUGAGAAGUAUGUAAACAUUCUUAUUUCUUAAUUAUAAGGCUAGUAACUGUCAGAGCUGAGAAGUGACUUCUGACCUACAGACACCUGCUGUUCAUUCUCUGAAAUUGUAUGGAGAAAAAGACAACAAUAAAAUUAAGCAGUUUAUCAAAUAAUACUUCAUUAGAAACAUCAAAAAUUGAUAUCUUUUAUGCCAAAAAUUAAAGAGAAACUUUUAGAGACAUAAAUUCCUCCUCCAUUUAAAUCAAAUAGCUGUGCUACUUAAACAGAGAUGAUGGUGCAAAUAAUAGAAUUUAUUAAGAAAACUUUAAUUUUUAAUUGUAGGUUGUAUGAUUUUUCUACAUCUCCAAACUAUGACAAUAUGUCUUACACUAGAUUGAGUGUCUGUGUGUGUGUGCGUAUAACAAGGUAGAAAUUGAUAGAAAUAAUAAUGAAAAUGAAUAGAAUACAGUAUACUAUAUUGGAAUAAAAUGAAAUUUAGAGAUCUUGUCUAAAGUUUCCUCAUGUCUGUUCCCUAAAUCUCAACUUCCACUACAUUAGGGGUGAAAAGGGGAAGUAUAAGAAUUUUCAUUUUCAAAUGGAUGUUGUGUGUUAUAUAAAUUUCUAAAUGAUUUACAAUUUCUUAGGACAAUAACAGUCUCUCAGGAGCCCUUCAGUUAAAAAAGAAUCUCAUUUAAUGUUUUUUUAGCAUAGAACUCCUAACCACUGACCAUGAAAUCUUUUCUAUAAAAUUAGCAGCUCAAAGUGAAUUAUGAGGCACAUACUUUGGAAAAUGUUGAUUUACCACUACACAUAUUUUGUAGAAGUGGAAAAUUAGGCCGUGGGGAGUAUGAUUUAAAUUCAUGUGGUAAACUAUUAUAGCAAUAGAACUGCAAUCAAAAUUCGGAGGAAGUAAAUUUCAAGCACACAUCAAACCCAGGAUAUAGGUUAAUGUCCAUAGUCUAAUAUUUUUAAAUCUCUGUGACUUUUGCAAAAUCACCUAACUAAACUAUGUCUGUAUUUUCUAUUUUGUAAUUUGUAGCUAGUACUUUAACUUUUCUCAUUGUAUUAUCUAUACAUUCUAAAGACAUAGAACUUUAUAUACGUUUUAUAAUAUAACGGGGUAAGAUUUGAUGCUUAUUAUUUUCAGUUGUAAUAUGUUGUAUAUGUUUAGAUGUAUUGUAGAAUGGGAAGAAUUAUCACAAAUUAUACUUCCUUUUCCCAAAGUUUGCAGAGUACUAAUUUGCUCCAAUGUAACAGACAAUCACUUGAAUUUUCACCUAAAGCAAGGCAAAGCUUUGGGCACUAUAAUAUAAGAGUUACAUUUCUGACACAUGAGAAAUACUAAAAAUGGUGACAUAGCUUUGGAAUUCAUGUGUAGGGAUCCAAAUCCUCCCUGAAAUCGCUCACUAUGUUAUUGAUAGUGAGGGCAAUUGCCAAACUCAUGAGCCUGAUGAAGACUGUGCACAUCCCUCUUUAAAUUUUAACUUUAGUAAAGUCCUAAAAACCAUAUGUCUCAAUCCCCACCACAAUCCUCAGCAAUGAUUUAUCUUCCAAAGUCAAAGUUAAUCAGGUCAUUUAUCACGAACUUAAUGAUGUCAGUAUUUGUGCAUUUCCUAUUUGAAGCCUUUUUAAGUGAAUAAAACUUAAGAGGAGAUGAAUUGUUAGCUCUAUGUGAAGAUAAUACAAAUCAUUUAUCACUAUUUCACUUUCAAAGAAUCCAAAAUGAUCAUAAUUAUAAGAAUGUUAUAACAUCUUAAAAACCUGUUUUUAAAUACAUGUUUCUUUUUCUCAGGAAAAUAUUUCUUAUUUUCACCUUUUCCUUUUCCUCCUCUUCACAUCAGAUGAAAGGCUAUAUAUAUUUCAUGUCAGCUAAAUACAUUUUACUACAAAUAGGUACCGUAUUUGAAAUUUCCCCAACUAUGCCUCGACUAUUCAUGUAAGAGGAGCUUUAGCUAAGUGUUAUGACUAUUUUUAACAAUACUGACAUUCAUAAGUUAUUUUCUACUAUCAACAUAUACAAUUUCUGUGUAGAAUAAUGGUCUUUACAUGGCAGCCAGGAAACCUUAUGUAUGUAAAAAUAGACCUUAUAAAUUAACUUUAAGUGAAGGAAUUUUUUGUAAGUUGGGGACUGUCAAAAAAUAAACCCCUUCAACCAUACGUUUUCAAUGGCACAGAUAAGAAUAAAGUUAAGUGUUUUAUUUAUGUUUUUCAUAUGUAUACGGAUAAAAAUGCUUUUUUACUGAUUAUAUAUUGUUCUAGAAAACAGUUUUGGGGGUUUUUUUUUACAAUGAAUACAGGUGUAGAAUUUAUUGUUAUUUCAUAUUUUAACAUAUUUUAAUUCUCCUCAUUUAUAAGAUCAGAAAGUAAAAUUUUUUUUAAACUUGCUUUCACAAAGUUGGGUUCAGGAAAUACAUGUUCAAAUACCAUAUAGGCAGCUCUUUGUAUACCAGAGCUCUGCAUUUAUGGAUUCAGCCAACUGUGGAUUGAAAAUAUUAAAAUAAAAAUAAAAAUAUAAGAAAAAAUAUACAUCUAAAAAUCAACACAAUAGAGCAACUAAUUAUAUAGCAUUUAUAUUGUGUUAGGUACUCAAUAUAAUCUUGAUAUGAUUUAAAGAGAGGAUGAGUGUAAGUUACAUGCAUUACUGCCCCAUUUUAUAUAAAGGAGUUAAGCAUGCUCAGAUUUUAGUAUCCCUGAGAAUCCUGGGGUCAGUCUCCACAAAUACCCAGCAUGACAGACAGUAUACACACAUACAUGCACACACAUACACAAACAUUUUAUACACAUAUAGUUUUAUUUGUAUAUUUGUGUAUAUUUACAUAUUAUUUAAUGGAUAUUUCACCUAAUGAUCUAAAAUUAUAUCUGUCAUUCUUUAAAAAUUUUGUGAAUAAUGGUACUUUGUUUAAUAAUAGAUUAUUUGUAAUUGAUUUGAUUGUAAUCAAGGCCAAUAAGAAACUUUUUAAGACACCGAUAAAUUGCAUUUAUUACUUACUCUUAAUAAAAAAGGGGAUUGAAAUAACACCUUGAUAAAGAGAAGAGAAUUAAUGCAAGUACUGGAGGAAAUGAUGAAUCUGCCCCUUUUCUUACAGAAAGUCUUCUAACAUGACUUACAUGGUUAAUAUUUGAUGUGUACAAUUAUUAGUAAUAGAAGAUCAUGUAAAAAAUGUUUCAAGUUUAUGUAGUUCUUCCGUGUAUUUGUUCCAAAUUCAAGAGAC